GGCCGAGCCCCUGUCAGCUGCUCUCCGCGAUGCACCGCGCCUAUCAGCCCAUUCUCCCCAGUGGAAGCAAAUACUUACAGGAGAAAUGGGACCGAGCUUGUUACCAUGAUCACCGGCGGAAGGUCAAAGCUGCUAAAUCGACAAUUGACAACAAUUCUCCCGAAACCUUCUCUCAUCUUAACCUGAAAUUUAAGAAGCUGAAGCUUGAGGAAGAGAGACUGUCCACUAUUGAAAGAGAUAACCAGCUGUUGCUUCAAAAGAUGUCCACCAUUAUGAGGACCACAGGCCGAAUUGACAACAAGAAUGAGUAUAAACUGAAAAGUUUGAACAAUGAAAAGCGUCAGCGAGAACAACUGCGAGUCAAUCGCGAGAACAAGACCAUGCGGGAGCGCCUCAAGAUGGUCCAGCCCCAGUACGAUCAUCUCAAAUUGCAUGAGGACUGGUAUAAAGCUGAGAAACUCAUGGACCACAUUGCUCGAUACCCCCGGGGCUGGUACAAUGCACAGAACUCAAAGCCCAAAGCAAGCAAAUCCUCAUUGGCCGAAGGAACCAAUGAGGAUAAAAACAAAGCAGCGUUAAGCAAGGGGCUCGAAGUAAAAGACAACAGGAAACAUGGAGCAAAGUGAGAAAGCUG